AUGCAUUUCUCCCUCCAGACGGCAGCCUCCGUGCUAGCCACAGCAGGGCUAUCCCAAGCGCUUUCCACCUGGGACGCCGCCUACGGCAAAGCAGAGAAAUCUCUCUCGAGCCUCUCACAAGAUGAGAAAGUUGGCAUGGUCUCGGGAGUGACCUGGAUGUCUGGACCCUGUGUCGGCAACACCUACGCCCCGGAGUCCAUACCCUACCCGUCUCUCUGUCUGCAGGACGGGCCGUUGGGCAUCCGCUUCGCAAACCCAGUCACUGCUUUCCCGGCUGGUAUCAAUGCCGGCUCUACCUGGGACAGGGAGCUGAUACGUGCUCGCGGAGCAGCCAUGGGGGCUGAAGCUAAGGGACUGGGUGUCCAUGUGCAGCUGGGCCCGGCGACUGGUCCGCUGGGGAAGUUCGCUACGGGAGGGCGCAAUUGGGAGGGCUUCGCGUCGGACCCUUAUCUCAGUGGGGUUGGAAUGAGCGAGACUAUUAUAGGAAUGCAGGAGUCGGGAGUGCAGGCGUGUGCGAAGCACUACAUCCUCAACGAGCAAGAACACGCCAGAACAACAAUGAGCAGCAACCCCGACGACCGCACCCUGCACGAGAUCUAUCUCUGGCCGUUCUACGAUUCUGUCAAAGCCAACGUCGCCUCCGUGAUGUGCUCGUACAACAAGAUCAAUGGCACCUGGGCGUGCGAGAACGACGAAGUCCUCAACAAGCUGCUGAAAGAGGAGCUCGGGUUCCCCGGGUAUGUCAUGACUGACUGGAACGCGCAGCACAGCACGGUCGAGAGCGCCAACUUCGGUCUGGACAUGACCAUGCCGGGUAGUGAUUUGAACGAACCUCCCGGGUCGGUCUACUGGGGUGAGAACCUGGCCGAUGCGAUCGCCAAUGGAUCCGUCCCUCAGGCUCGUCUCGACGACAUGGUCACCCGCAUCCUAGCCUCGUGGUACCUCGUUGAGCAAGAUGGGGAGUAUCCGCCCGUGGCGUUUAACUCAUGGGAUGAUGGCAAAGCCAACGUCGACGUCACGGCUGAUCAUGCCGAGGUGGCGCGUGCCGUCGCGAGAGACUCUAUCGUACUUCUGAAGAACGAGGAUGGCGCUCUCCCGUUGAAGAACCCCAAGUCGCUGGCGAUUAUCGGGUCGGAUGCGAUUGUGAACCCUGACGGCCCCAAUGCGUGCACCGAUCGUGGGUGCAAUGUGGGCACUCUGGCACAGGGAUGGGGGAGUGGAACUGCCCAGUUUCCGUACCUGAUUGCCCCUCUGGACGGCAUCAAGAACAGAAAGUCAAGCAACGCUACCGAGAUCAUCACCAGCACCACCGACGAAGCCACGGCUGGUGCCGAAGCAGCCGCAGCAGCGGAGACAGCCAUCGUAUUCAUUUCCUCCGAUUCCGGCGAGGAAUACAUCACCGUUGAAGACAACGAAGGCGACAAGAACGACCUGAACCCGUGGCACAACGGCAACGACCUCGUCAAAGCCGUCGCAGCCGCCAACAAGAAGACCAUCGUCGUCGUGCACAGCACUGGUCCCAUUAUUCUGGAGACUAUCCUCGCUCAGCCUAACGUCGUCGCCGUCGUGUGGGCCGGUAUCCCCGGCCAGGAGAGCGGCAAUGCCCUCGCUGAUGUCCUCUACGGCGAUGUCGCGCCUAGCGGGAAACUUCCCUACACGAUUGCCAAGAAGGAAUCAGACUAUGGCACGGCGUGGAUUGCUGGGGGAGGAGACGAUGAAUACCCCGAGGGUAUCUUUAUCGAUUAUCGUCAUUUUGAUCAGGACGAUAUUGAGCCGCGAUAUGAGUUUGGCUUUGGACUGUCCUACACAACCUUCAAAUACGCCACCCUCGACAUCACCAUCAAAGCCACCCCCGGCCCCUCCACCGGAAAAGUCGAAGUGGGCGGCGCAGCCGACCUCUACGACUCUGUCGGAACCAUCACAGCAGCAAUCACAAACGCCGGCGACGUAGACGGCGCCGAGGUUGCCCAGCUGUACAUUGGGUUCCCGGAGUCUGCGCCGGAAACUCCCCCGCGACAGCUGCGGGGCUUCCAGAAGCUGCUUGUGCCCGCGGGGAAGAGCGACAGCGCGAGCUUUGAGCUCACCCGUCGGGAUAUCAGCUACUGGGAUGUUAAGAGUCAGAAGUGGGUUGUUCCCGAGGGGGAGUUUAAGGUUUUUGUGGGGUCGUCGAGUCGGGAUGUGAGGCUUGAUGGGAAGUUUACGGUCGGUUGA